UUUUUUUCUCCCUGCUGCCUGAAGGUUCGCCGCCGUCAUGAACGACACAGUAACUAUCCGGACCAGGAAGUUCAUGACCAAUCGACUACUGCAGCGGAAACAGAUGGUCAUUGAUGUCCUUCACCCUGGGAAGGCAACCGUACCUAAGACAGAAAUUCGGGAAAAACUAGCCAAAAUGUACAAGACCACACCAGAUGUCAUCUUUGUAUUUGGAUUCAGAACCCAUUUUGGUGGUGGCAAGACAACUGGCUUUGGCAUGAUUUAUGAUUCUUUGGAUUAUGCAAAGAAAAAUGAACCCAAACAUAGACUUGCAAGACAUGGACUGUAUGAGAAGAAAAAGACCUCAAGAAAACAACGGAAGGAACGUAAGAACAGAAUGAAGAAAGUCAGGGGGACUGCAAAGGCCAACGUUGGUGCUGGCAAAAAGUGAGCUGGAGA